AGAACAGCAUAGGAUUUAGAAGCACUUAGGGUUUUAUGUAUACAAAAAAAUGUGGCUUAGGAGCAAUUGGCCUGUCUUAUACACUUUACCGAUGGCUGUUCUUUGCCAAAUUAUACCUGAGGCAGCACCUUAUUUCAAAUCUGACUUCAUGAAUUUGGCUAUGUAAUUUUAGCCGCGGACCUAAAAGGGUCCAGCGGGAGAUGUUUACCAAGCUAGCAUUCCUCGUGCUUGGUCUAUUGGCUGCAUACGGGGAGCAGCUACAAUGGGACAGCCCUUGGAAAAGCUCUCAAUCUCGAUCUCCCGAGCCACGUUCGUUUGCGUCGCUGGCAGGCAUUGGGGGCAGUGGUGAUAUUUAUUUCUAUGGAGGGUUUUCGCAUGCAAGAAACACUUGGCUUGAUGAAGUUUGGAGUCUUCCGUGGAACGCGUCACAGCCGAAGUGGGAGCAGCUGUCUGUGGAUAGAGGAGACUUGGAUGGACCCGUGCAGCAUGCGACGUUGCUGUGGCUGGGCGGCAAGCUGCUGGUAGCAGGUGGGAAAUACACUAAUCAGACCUUCAACAACCAGCUCUUCGCACUGGACCCAGCGGAUGCCCGACCGGCGUGGCGGAGCCUGAAUUCCAGGUCCACUCCCGCGGGGCCAGACUCCAUGCCGCCGCUGUACUGGCACUCAGCGGUGUCGUACACGGUGCAAGGCUCAACCCGGGUGUUGCUGUGCGGUGGCCUGGACGCAAACGACAUGGCAGUAAACCGCACCUUUGAGCUGUCGUACGACAUGUCGGCAGGCUCAGCAGGCUCGUACAGCAUAAUUGACAUGCCCUCCAUGCCGGUUCCCCUCUUCGGCCACUCCAUGGCAGCAGCACUCCCAGCAGGGGCAGCCGCGGACUCCCUCGUGUACGUCAGCGGAGGCCUCACAGGCAGUGUGGCAGGGCUGGCGGCCGGUGGAGUCAUCCCUCCGGGGCUGCGGGAGGUACUGGAGGCCAGCACGGGGGGGCCUACGAGCACGUUGGCUGCCUCCGCAGCGGUGUUCCUGUUCAACCGGACUGACGCGGGUGCGGCUGGGGGUGCGGCCGGUGGCAGCGGCGGGACGUGGAAGGCGAUGGGCGGUGCGGCAGGGGCCGACGUGAUGCCGAGGAGCGCAGCCUUCCAUGCAAGCUGGGUUAGAGGCUCCGUGCUCUACUUGUACGGCGGCACACAAUCCGCUGCCGUACAGGCAUCCAGCAGCAUUGUACCGCCGUACGGGCUGCAGGCGUACCAGCUAGCAACCUCUGGUUCUGACUGGACGGCGUCGUACAGUUUGUCUGCCGUACAUGACGCGGUUGCGGCGUGGGGAGCAGUGCGGCCUGGUGCUGUGGCGGGAGCGGCGGUGUGGGCUGGGGUGGAUAGCACGGGGACACAGCCACUGCUCUGGCUCUUCGGCGGUUGGUCCGCCCCCCAGCCGCUGCCUCUCCUGGCGGACUCCUACCUAGCACCCCAGGACAGCAGCCUGGCCUGGUGCCUCACCGCCGGGGACGGAGGGAGCAGCAGCAGCAGCAGUGCGGGCCGGUGGCGGCCGCCAGUGCAAGGCGGCAUGGCGCCUCGCAGCGCAGUACCCGGGGGAGGAGGCGGGGGCGGCAUGCUGGUGGUGGCGGUGACGGUGGGCGGCGCGCGGAAGCUGCUGAGUGUGGGCGGCAGGGCGGCGGGCGGCUGGAGGGUCUCCGGUUCUGGCUUUGUGUUCGAUGCCUCCGACCUGCACCUGCCAGCAGCAGCCGAUGGGAGCCGGCAGGAGCCCCAGGCGCUCGCCACGUCAUAUCAGUUGUACGACAUGUGGCUCAUUGAUCCCGACACCGGCGCACGCGAUAUGAUCUGGUACUACAACAGCACUGCCGUACAUGCCGCCGCAUGGUGCAAUACGUCAGCUACAACUAACAGCAAUACCAGUUGCUCGUCCUUGCCGUACGGUACUUCGGUUUCGCCAGCUGCCCUGGGCCCUAUGUGGGAUCGGAGGCUGCUGGAGGCGCCUCCGGGGUCUGCUGGAGUGGGGUUGGGUACCGGCACCCCUGGCAGCAGCAACCAGGCAAUCUACAUGCACACAACAGAGGUGCUUGGAGCAGAUAACACAUCAACGCUGAGGACGGGUGUGUGGCGGUUGACGGUUAGCGUCGUACCGCUGCCUCUGCCAGCGAUUGGGGGUGUCGGAAACGAAGGCGUCGUCAGCACGUAUGUCGCAACAUGGCAGGAAAUGACCCCUGGGUCCGACAGCUCGGGGUGUUACCCUCGUAUUCUGUACGGAGCCGCUCAUUUGACGUCUACUAGCGGCGGCUCGACGACAACCACUGGCAGUCAAAAGUCGUACAUUGCCGUGCAUGGCGGGGUGCGGCUGAUUGUUUCGGCCAAAGGCAGCGACGGCAGGCGAACUAUGUUUCCUAAUGUGACAGACAGCGUGUGCUUGCUAGACGUGGCGAAUGCGAGGUGGCUGGGCCCGCCGCAGUACCCGGCAAAGAUGGCUCCGGAGGCUCGAUACCGUCACGCCUGCGCCCCACGUCCGGGCACCGCCGACUACUCCAUGACCUGCUACGGCGGCGUUUCCGCUGCCAGCGGGGCGGCGCUCGCGGACGCCUGGACGUUCAUGCUGCAGCCGGGCAUUGAACCCGGGCCCUCCACGCCCAUUCACGCGGGCAGCUGGGUGCUGGCACCCGCCAACUACUCUGCUGUGAGGCCCGGACCACGUGUGGAUCACUCCAUGCUGUCUGUGAGAGGUAGCGCCGCUGCCCAGAGCUUCCCCCCUGUCAUCCUGCUAGGAGGAUCCCUCAACCCUGGUCCCUCCUUUGCCGAUGACGGCACCGAUGGUAGCGGUAGUACUGCGGCGAUUACUGUACGAAGAGACGUGUGGAUGCUAGACGCCGCCGGCUGCCCAGAUCCCGACGCCUCGGAUGCAGCGGCGAUUGGCGGCGCGGGCGCGGUGAUCACGGAGGCUCGGCCGCCGCUGGCGGCACAGGUGUGGCUGUCGCUGAUUCCCUACGGCAGUUGGAAGAGCGCAGCGCAGGCGGCGGGGGCUGAGGAGUCUUGGAGCCUGGCGGCGGCCACCCUGAUGCAGACGAAUACGUCUCUGGAGGUGUGGCUGGUACUGCUGAGCAGCGGGGCGCAGGGCGGCGCAGGGGACAUGGCGGCGGUGCGGCUGGUGGCACCUCUGCCGGGCUGUCUCUCCCUGCAGCCCAGCUGCGGCACAGUAUCGUACACCUACGGCGACGCAAGUAGCCUGUGCUGGCCGGGAGCUGUUCCGGCGAAGGACAUCCCGGGCAUCCAUGUACGGUCCCAAAGCGGAAAGCUAACAGCGAACGGUGUACUGCUAAACGUUGUUGGGUUUGUCGUACUGGAUUCUGAUGGAGUUGCCGUGCAUGUCAAGGACUGGUAUUUUGGUAAAGACGAGUACCUUAUAGAGGGCAUCGUGUUGCCAGCUGACAUCAGCUUUGACAGCUUGACCGUCGUGUCGUACAGCAAACCGUACGUGGAGAUCGGCCGAAGCGUGGUUUCAGCCAACGGUACGGCACUCUUGAGCUUCAGUCGAACCAAUCUGGUGAUCCAGGUGCACUCCCCAGACAACACUGCCUGCUCCCCAGACAACACUGCCUGCCCCAAUGCAACGGUCGAGCUUCGAGUGUUUUACAACGGCUUGUACCGCAAGCGUCACUGCGACACCACCAACUGUGACGUGACCUCCACCAACAAGACGGGCCAUGCCAGCUUUGAGGUGUUCCCCGUUUCCGCCAACCAGACCACACCCGCUGUGUCGUACGUGGUCCUCAUAAACACUUCUUACGCGUACGGCACCUACGCUGCCCUGGUCGCACCAUCGUCCUCGUCUAAAUCAAGUUCUAUAACCCUGCCCGGGAUGCCUCCUCCUCCACCCGACGGCCGUGUGGCCAUCAACCUGAGCAUCAGCUUUUAUCCGGCUGCUACGGGAUACUCCCUCAACCUGCCGUCAAGUUCUAUUAGGAGCUGGACGGUUGGCUUUAGCCCCGUGUCCGAGACCAGCAUAGGUGAUUCCGAGUUGGAGCUAACAGACACCUACAUCAAGGCCUCAGCGCCGCAUGCGGUUCGCUUGAUGCCCGGAUGCAAGAUGGUCCAGGUGGUGGACUCCUCCCUGCCUGCCGCACCCUUCCUGUUCGAGGGCUUCCAGCUCGUGGAUGCCCCUGCCGCCAUGACCCUGCGAGUGCCGCUAGCAGCCGUCAAGCUGCGCCUCUACUUCGCCCGGGUCAUGUGGCCCAUAUCCGGGCCGGGCCCCAUCACCGCGGCGGGGGUGUUUGUCAAGGUGUCCACCGUGAGUGGCGCGUCCGUCGCGCUCUUGGACGCGCUGGUGAAGUCCGGCGGGGAGCCGCUCCCGGCGGACAGCUGGGGCAGCAGCGCCGUGUACGGCAGCGUCACGCCCUGGGACGAGCUGGACAGCUCGAGCGACGGAUCCGCGGUCUUCAGCCUCCUGCCAGGCACCGUACACCGGGUGGACCUGUCGUACGCCAGUGGCAGCGCUGAGGCCCAGCUGGGCAGCUACUACUUCAAGUCGCCCGCCGUCCCUACCGGCACCUUCACCUCCUCCUCCUGCUCUGCCGGAUCCGCUCCUACUGCCACCAGCGGGAGCUCCUCACUCACACCUGGCAGCAGCAGCAGCAGUCCCUCCCCAUCGCUUGCUGCUGACGGCGGUGUGUCGUACAACAUCACCCUGAACUACACGCUGCUGUGUCGCGGGCCCGACCCCACCUACCUGCACUCCAACCAGGGCACCCUUCCAACCAAGGACACGGGCAAAAUCGUCUACGGACCGGGCAUCUCGUGCACAUGGGUCAUCUUCACCAACCUGCCAAUCAUCAGCAUGGAGGUCAACUCCACCGGCCUGUCCAGCGGCGAAAGCAUCAACAUCACCCUGGAUGAUGGCUACGUCACCCUCAACGACACCUCGCGGCCCCUGCAGCUGGUGCAAGCCACGAACCAGGUGACCAUCAGCUUCCAGGCCAGCCGCGCCCCCUCGGGCCCCUGGAUGGGCACGCCGCUGCAGCUGAGCUGGCAGGCGCUGAGCGCGGGCGCCUCCAUGCCGCCGCAGUUCAUCAUGAUGAUCGCGGCGUCCUCCGCGGCGGCAGGGGCCAUGCUGCUGUUCCUUUGCCUCUGGCACUGCGUGGUCAGGCCCGUGCAGAUGCGGAGACAGGCUGCCGCCUUGGCAUUGGUUGGCGCCGCCGGUGCCGCCGCCGCGGCUGCCGGCGGCGAGGGUGGCGGCAUGGGUCCCCCCGGGAGCGGCCCCCGCGCCGUGGGGGCGCACCGCAACCGCGUGCCUCGUCGCUACCUGCGCAUGAUGGAAACCAGCGUCUACUCCAUCAAGGAGGCGGCCGGCAGGGCGGCGUCGGCCAGUGAGCGCUCCAAGCCUCCUACUAGCAGCGGUGCCGCCCCCACCGCCAACACAACAUCGCCUCCUACCACCACCACCACCACAACCACCGCGUCGACCACCCCGCCUUCCGUCUGCGUGCCCACACCCACACCCGAAGUAGCACCCGAAGGAGCUGCCGCUCCUGCCCCUACGCCUGCUGCGUCCGCGGACCCCGCAGCAUCAGGCCUUCUUGCUUCCAGCGGCAGCCACCCCGCCAGCCACAGCGACCCUGAGGCUGCAGGAGGCGAGCUGUGCGCCAUCUGCCUGUGCGAGUUCGAGGACGGCGACCGCCUGAAGCACCUGCCGUGCAAGCACUUCUACCACGUGCCCUGCAUCGAGCAGUGGCUGGGCCGUGACGUCACCUGCCCGCUGUGCAAGGCUAAUGUGCUGGAGGCCAUGAGGACGCUGUUCGGGCCGCUGCCGCCCAGGAAUAACAAUAGCAGCAGCAGUAGCAACAUUACCAACAACCAGAGGCAGAAUCGGGGCGGGGUUGCCGGCGGGGUGCAGGUCACCCCUGCUUCUGCUGGCGACAGCGAAGAUGGCGUCGCUGUGUAUGUAUCCAGCAGUGGAAUUGGAGGAGUUGGCGGCGGCGGAGGAACUCCAGAUGCUGUUGGAGGUGCGGCGGCGGCUGCAGCGGGGGCCGUGAAUGCGGCGUCAGCUUCGGGUCAGGGCGGGGCGCCCAGUGCUGGUAGCGCCGGCGGUGGUGGUGGGGAUCUUCAGAUGGUCGUCAUCGUACGGCAGCUGUCAGCGGGUGGAGGCGGCAGUGUGGAGGGCCCGGCUGUUAACGGCGCGGACGGUGGAGGCAACCAGAGCGCGGGUGCCGCCGUCAUUGGGGCGCUACCGGGAAGCACGGACUCCUGGCAUGGAGGUGGAGGAGGAGGCGGUGUUGCUGCUUUCCACUAUGCCGCAUCAGGAUCACCAUCCGCUGCAGCCGCGGAAGCUGCGAUUACGCCCUUAUCCGGCGCGGCCACGAUUCCAACCUCGGCCGGUGUCAUCGCCCACGCCGGCGCGGGUGGUGUGAUCUCCGACAUGGAGAGCUCGGUGCCCGCUGCUGCCCCGGGGGCACGUGCGGAGCUGCGUCCCAUGCGGCGGCAUAUCAGCAACGACCUGGCGGCCUAUCGCGACGGAGGAACCAGCUCCGAAUCUGAUUCCGACAGCGAGUCGGAGCAACACCACAUGGGUACGGCACAUCAUGCCGCAGUACCUGGCACACAGGCGACAUCAGCGGCCGCGGUUGGUGUCGGUACGGCAACACCUGGUCGGGCGUUUCACACCGCCGUACAUCCUGUGUUUUCGGUAGCGGCUGCAACGGCGGUGGCGGUGGGGUCACCAUAUCCCGCACCGUCAAGCAGCAUGAACAGUGCCGGGAAUGCGUUUGCAGCACCAGCCAUGGCAGGUGCAGCAGCUGCCUCUCUUUCAGCCUCUGCUGCAGCUGCUUCCGCUUCACCCGUUCCGGACCUCGUCAAUCACGGGAACUCAAGCUCUCCGCGCGUGUUAGAGCUGAUACACCGCUCCACAGACAGCAGCAGCUGCGGCGGCGUUGUGCCCGGACGGAUGGGCGGCAGCUCAGCGCAUGGCCCAGCAGCGCAUGCGCCUCCCUCACCGAGGACCUCACUCUCGCCGGGGUCUGGGGCGGCGGCACCGCCAGCAGUAGCAGCGUUGCCGUCCCCUGCGGCGGCGCAUCAGCGGCGUCUUCGGGCUCAGGAAGCCCAGAUGGCCGUGGCUGCCGCCGCGCUCUCCGCUGCGGCUGCGGGCAUCAGCAGCGGAGGCAGCGGCGGUGCCGGCGGUAGCUACCCCUAUCGUCGCGGCAUGGGGCCUGCGGGAGCUGCUGCUGCCCCAGCGCCGGAGUGUCAUAGCCACAUGUCAGCUGUGGACGGGGCGGUUGGCGUUGGUGGCGGGGCAGUUGCAUGGACGGCCGUUGGGCUGCCAGUGAGGCCGUCACCGCCAGCUCCGGACUCCCCUGCUGCUGCCGCUUCGGCUUUCCUGGCUGCCGCUGCUGCUACCGCCGCAGUGCCGCUGAAUUACCGCAUCCACGAGAACCCGCUGGCACAUGCGUCGACGGCUGACGGAAAUGGCAGCACGACUGUGACACAGGCCGCGUCAGCAGCCGCGGCUUCUUCGUUAAUGGGCGCCAGGACGACGGGCGCAAGCUCCGGCGGGAUGGUAUCCGUGCUCUUUGGAUCCCCGGUUAACGUCCCCCCUGCCACACGACACCCUAGCGGCAGCACAGCAUCCGUGUUCGGCAACCUGGCGCUGUCGCACGGUACGGCGGCUGUACCUGAAGUGUCAGCUGGAAGCGAGGACGUUGUCAGGGCGCUGCCGCCCUCAGCCCUCAGCCCUUCGGCGGCUGCGCGGCAUGCGGUGUCAAGUCCGACCUCUUGUGGCGGCGGUGGGCUGGGGUCCCACGCGCAGCUGGGGUAAUGGGGGUGCAUGAGGAAUGGCUGGGCAAGGCGAAUUGCCAACCGUAUAUGUAGCAACAGGUAUGUAUGUAUGCAAGCUAGGAACCGUCAUCGCUCAGCUGUCAGGUUUAGCUGGAUUGCAGCUUGUGGGUUCAAGGGCUGCGCAUGCAUCUGGUUAGAGAUGGUGGGUUGAUUUAAGCCGCGGAAAACGUGGUCUGGUUGGGCUUGCCUUUAUUCCAUUGAUAUGGUUACCGUGGUGACCGGGCAUGGCGAUCAUUUGAGGGGAAGUGGUCGAGGCGGUUUGCGGUACGUGGAGCGUGUGAAGGAGACAGUGGUACAUGCAAACUUCUCCGUGCAUCAGGUUUCACAGUGCAACGGUUGCAGUUAUAAACCAACAAACUGCAGAUCGUGAAGAGAGCACGACCAAGCGGUUCACGGGUGAUUCCCUCACUGGACAUGCCUAACAGUGCUAUCACCGUAUCAGCUAGCCGACCGCAUGGUGCAUACCAUUUACAGGCUUAUUGUUGACCCCGUUCUUUUGGGCACUUUCACUCCUGAAGGCCGCCUGCCACGGUAUAAAUAAAUAAUAGAAGCUGACGCUGUCGCCUCGUAAUCAUUUUUACGGAGCAUAAAACCUGACCCAUGACGCGCUACCUUUGUUAUCCAACUGUAGGAAGUUGUACGGUUGGUCAACAUUCAUAGCUAGCUGGUAACAUGUAGUAGGACUGCUAUGCCGAUAGUGCCGUUGUUGUAGAGAACCAAGACAAGGUAUGCAAAGUUAGACACGACUCGCGUUUAUUCAUUUCUGCACGCUGGUGGCUCCGUUAUGUGCCUUACCAUGGAGUUUAGCGAUCAACAAACUUGCUGAUGUCAGGUUGAGGAACGUGCUGGUGUGGAGUGUCAUUACGGAUGGAUGCGUAUUCUGUCGCGCCCCAACAUCGGCUUGAACAUGUAAUGGCACUGAGGUCCG